AUGGCAUCUGAAAGUCGUCAAGAAGUUGUUGAAGCCGACAAGGUGUAUCGACGAGCCGAUCAUCGCGGACUUUGGAUCUUAGCUGGCCACCGAUUAAGUGGCCUCGACGUCUGCUUGUAUGAGAAUCUGCUGGACAUGACUGGCGCAAUCAUUACGCUCAAGAGAAAUGCGUCAAAAACGCGACCACACGAAAGAACGCACACCAAGGACAUUGGGAGACCGAGGACUGGUCCGCUGUGGCCGGAUGCUGAACAGAAUGCGCAGCCACAGAAAACCCACAUUGUUGAUUCAUGGGCUCUUGACUCGACGUCUUGGGACGACUGCCGUUGUGCCGGCCUCAUUACGUGCGACGAUGGUUUUGGCCGCCUGACGCUCGAUGCAGACGGCAAUCGAACCGCCGCGCAACUGCAGUUGUGGUGCCCACCGAUCCCUCGCCAACGAGCCAUCAUAUGUCGCGGCAGUACCUGCUACCGCACCUACACAUUAUGGGCCACGACUCAUGACUGCGUCGUUGAGUGUUCAUUGACGCCCGAACGGCGACGAUCCGAAGCCGAUCUUCUGCAGUUGGCUCAAGAGCGCAGCGAGCAGGACAUCGCGCUCGAGUACUCCGCGAAGCCGCGGAGUCACAUACGACAUGGAGGCGGUCGGCAAACUAGCUUAACCACCUUCUCAAUGUAG